GAUGUAGAUACAGCUACUAUACCAGCACUAUGCCUGGCUGACUGGUGAUACUUUUCUACCAUGAUGAUGAUAGACUAACCUUCUAAAACUAUGAUGUGAGACAUGUGGAUUUGUGAUAUGAAUUCAUUUGAAAAGCUACUUUGGGGGUAUGACUGUGAUUUCUGAUGAAACCAGAUUGGAAUAAUUUUCAUGAUAUUUGUAUAUUUAUAUAUAUAUAUUUUAAAAUUUUACAUUUGACUUAAAGUGCCAUGAGAAAAUUUGCAUAUUGCAAGGUGGUUCUGGCCACCUCCUUGGUUUGGGUACUCUUGGAUAUGUUCCUGCUGCUUUACUUCAGUGAAUGCAACAAAUGUGAUGAGAAAAAGGAGAGAGGACUUCCUGCUGGAGAUGUUCUAGAGCCAGUACAGAAGCCUCAUGAAGGUCCUGGAGAAAUGGGGAAGCCAGUCGUCAUUCCUAAAGAGGAUCAAGAAAAGAUGAAAGAGAUGUUUAAAAUCAAUCAGUUCAAUUUAAUGGCAAGUGAGAUGAUUGCACUCAACAGAUCUUUACCAGAUGUGAGGUUAGAGGGGUGUAAAACAAAGGUGUAUCCAGAUAACCUUCCUACAACAAGCGUGGUGAUUGUUUUUCACAAUGAGGCGUGGAGCACACUUCUGCGAACAGUCCAUAGUGUCAUUAAUCGCUCACCAAGACACAUGAUAGAAGAGAUUGUUCUUGUAGAUGAUGCAAGUGAAAGAGACUUUUUGAAAAGACCUCUAGAGAGUUAUGUGAAAAAACUCAAAGUGCCAGUUCAUGUAAUUCGAAUGGAACAACGUUCUGGGUUGAUCAGAGCUAGAUUAAAAGGAGCUGCUGUGUCCAAAGGCCAAGUGAUCACCUUCUUAGAUGCUCACUGUGAGUGUACAACAGGGUGGCUGGAACCUCUCUUAGCCCGGAUUAAACAUGACAGGAGAACAGUUGUAUGUCCUAUCAUUGAUGUGAUCAGCGAUGAUACUUUCGAGUACAUGGCAGGCUCUGACAUGACCUAUGGUGGAUUCAACUGGAAGCUCAAUUUCCGUUGGUAUCCUGUUCCCCAAAGAGAAAUGGACAGGAGGAAAGGUGACCGGACUCUUCCUGUCAGAACACCUACAAUGGCCGGAGGCCUUUUUUCAAUAGACAGAGAUUACUUUCAGGAAAUUGGAACAUAUGAUGCUGGAAUGGAUAUUUGGGGAGGAGAAAACCUAGAAAUUUCCUUUAGGAUUUGGCAGUGUGGAGGAACUUUGGAAAUUGUGACUUGCUCCCACGUUGGUCAUGUGUUUCGGAAAGCUACACCUUACACAUUUCCAGGAGGGACAGGGCAGAUUAUCAAUAAGAAUAACAGACGGCUUGCAGAAGUAUGGAUGGAUGAAUUCAAGAAUUUCUUCUAUAUAAUUUCUCCAGGUGUUACAAAGGUAGAUUAUGGAGAUAUAUCAUCAAGACUUGGUCUGAGACAUAAACUACAAUGCAAACCUUUCUCUUGGUACCUAGAAAAUAUUUACCCUGAUUCUCAAAUUCCACGUCACUAUUUCUCAUUGGGAGAGAUACGAAAUGUGGAAACAAAUCAAUGUCUAGAUAACAUGGCUAGAAAAGAGAACGAAAAGGUUGGAAUUUUCAAUUGUCAUGGUAUGGGAGGUAAUCAGGUUUUCUCUUACACUGCCAACAAAGAAAUUAGAACAGAUGACCUUUGUUUGGAUGUCUCCAAACUUAAUGGCCCGGUUACCAUGCUCAAAUGCCACCACCUAAAAGGCAACCAGCUCUGGGAGUAUGACCCAGUGAAAUUAACCCUGCAGCAUGUGAAUAGUAAUCAGUGCCUGGAUAAAGCCACGGAAGAGGACAGCCAGGUGCCCAGCAUUAGAGACUGCACUGGAAGCCGGUCCCAGCAGUGGCUCCUUCGAAAUGUCACCCUUCCAGAAAUAUUCUGAGACCAAAUUACAACAACAAAAAAGAAAGAAGGUUUGACUGGGCUACCUCAGCAUACAUUUCUGCCACAUUCUUAACUAGCAAAAAAGGAAAAGUGUUUCUCUCUUCUGUGGGAUAUAAGGUUUAUCAGCCAUUAAAACUCAGACUCCUCUAGCUUUUUACUUGCUGUGAGCCAGCCUUCCUGUCCCAGGACAUGAGACUGCAAAGUAGUGAGACUGUGCACACUGAUGUUUACAAGACUGGAAGUCUUCAUCAAGAACAGUGGCGAAUAGCCUUCAGAUCCCAAAACAGGCACAGGAGUGCUCUCUGGAUAGAUGUACCUUCCACAGCUUGUGUGCACAUCAGCCAUUUCUGCUGAAUGUGUUCAUGAAGAAGAGAUCUCCUGAUUAAAAUCAGUAUCCGGAAUAUUAAAUACUGAUAGAAAAUUAAGUGGAAAAGAACUGAAACCAGGUUCAGAAUCAUGAAAACAUUUUUACAACAAUAAAAAUUAUGUCAAACAGGGUUUAAAGGAAAUUAAAACAGAAUUAUGAGAAGUACAAUUUGUUAUAGUAUAGUAUCAGAUUUCUAUAUAGAUUUUAUACCUCAGUGGGGAAAAACUGUUUCCAGUGACAUUCGUUUUAUUUUCACCUGUGAUAGUCAAAUGCUUCUAUUUUCCAUGGGGUGCUGAAAAUGAGAUGGCAGGUGGGGUGGAGCUCUCUGGACAUAGUUUGAAUUUCUUUUUACAAUAUUUUUUAUUUGUUUUGUGGUCUGUUGGAAUUGUAAGUUUUAAUUGCCUUCUUUUAAAAAAAAAAGUGAAGAUUUAAUAUGCCUGGUCUCAGUUGGAAAGUUAGAGGUAUCUCAGUUGUCCUUGGGCCAUCUGGCUUAAAGACUCUGUCUCACCCCGCCCUCCCACCCCCACACAGUUUCUUACCAUGUUUUCAACUUAACUCAGUUGAUCUGAUUAUAUUUAAUACCCAGGACUCAUGCUACUGUAUUACAGAUUUGUUUUUACAGCAAUAACUUCUCAGAUCCCUGUGAGUCACUUAACAAAAGACUUACAAAGAGUGGUUGUUUAUUUGGAUAUUUGGAGGUCAUAUAUUUGUGGGUUAUUUUGAAAAUCGUUUCCACUCUACACAUAGCUGUGCUUCACUGUCAGGUGCACAUUUAGGUUAGUCCUGAGUUGUGAUGUUGAUUUGCUGCUUUUUUUUUAAAAAAAAAAUAAAAAUGAGUGAAAAUGUUUAAUUGGCAUUUUUUUAAUGAAUUAGCCAAAGAAGUGCAGCUAUGAUUCCAUGUUCCAGUCCUACAUUUCCUCCCUAAAUUCGAUUAUGUUAAUUGAUUUUCUUUACUCUGGUUUUUAGUAACAGAAUCAUGUAUUAAAAGUUGCUGUUAAUUAACGUUUA